AUGACAAGAGCUGAAGACAUUUCAGCCUCUGAUCAGGAGGUACUAUCUAGGCUUUCACUCGGCUCGAUAUUGUUGUGGAGAGCGCACGUGUUUAGCAGAUAUGGUGUCGCCUGUGAUGAUCGAACAAUGUUAGAACGAGGACCUCAGAAGGCGUUAUCGGAGUACCGAGAAUGGACUGGUAGGUUCGGUGAAGAUGAUAAUGGCCGGACUAUAAUUUUACUCAGUGAUGAAGGUUUGAGGUUCAUUGAAGCAUCAGCUGACUGCACCCUUGAUCAGGCUAUGCCUUUUACAGUUCCCACCUUUCAAAAGCUUAGCCUAAGCUUCGAGGGACUGAAGGAAUUGGCUCUAGUUCAGGUCACAAGAUUCACCUGUGGGUCCUUAGUUUUGAGUUUCUCGUCGAACCAUAUUGUGGGUGAUGGAUUACUUAUGAGCAAGUUCAUGACUGCUUGGGCACAAGCUUGUCGUGGAAUCGAGAUCCACCCACGUCCUCUGCAUGACAGAAACAUAUUUGUUCCUCGAAACCCGUACAAUAUCAAGUUCGAUCAUACAAGUUUUGAGAUAGCAAAGAGGAAGCUCAAUGAUAAUGGUGGUGGCCUUACGGCAGCCUAUAGCACCUUUGAGUGCUUGGUUGCUCAUUUAUGGAGGGUGAUUACAAGGGUUCGAGGACUUCCUGAUUCUCAGAAAACAUAUGUGAAGAUCUCAGUGAACGGGAGGAGUGGGUUGAGCCCUCGAGUUCCCGAUGAGUACAUUGGCAAUUUAGGGAAGAACCUUUUGGAUGAAUGUUUGAGCCAAACAACAGAGUUGAUACACGAAGCAGUGACGAAGGUGAAUGAUGAUUACUUCAAAUCUUUUAUCGACUUUGCAAAUGAAAAUCUGCACGAUGAUAGUCUGAUGCCACUGAAAACUGACCACAUGACAGUGCCAUCCGUAUGGCCCAAUGUGGAAGUCCAAAGCUGGCUUGGCUUUCCAUUCAAUGAUUUGGAUUUCGGCACGGGCAAGCCGUUCACUGUAAUGCCUUCAUUUGAUCCUUGGGAGGGUCAAAUAUACCUGGUUGGUUCCGUUACAGGUGAUAGAAGCAUAGAUGUGCAUGUAACUUUGUUCCAGCAACAGCUCGCGCUCUUCGAGCAAAUUUGCUACAACAUCGACUAG